AUGCGCUUUGUGCCUGCAUUCUCACGAUUCAUCUUCUCCCUGUCUACUUUCGCUCGUGUUAAAUCCCCGCAUCAGAUCCGACAACACGCACUGCGGCCUAUUCGCCUGCAAUCUAUGUCUAGCAUUCCAUUCCUGAGCGCCCUAUUUGGUUCAUCAUCUAAGCCCUCAUCCAACAUGACUUAUCCCGACCAGCGAACUGAGGACGAAUGGCGCGCCAUUCUCAACCCAACACAAUUCCGAAUUCUCAGAGAAAAGGGAACUGAAGCCCCCGGCACUGGAGAGUUUGACAAGCACUACCCCAAGGACGGCGUCUACACCUGCGCUGCGUGCGAUGCGCCGCUCUACAAGGCCACGCACAAGUUCAACUCGGGUUGCGGCUGGCCAGCCUAUUUCGACAGCGUGCCUGGCGCAGUGACUCGACACGAGGACCGAAGCUUUGGUUCCAUCAGGACGGAAAUUGUCUGCUCCAACUGCGGCGGUCACUUGGGCCACGUUUUCAAGGGAGAGGGAUUCUCGACGCCGACGGAUGAGCGCCAUUGCGUGAACAGCAUCAGCUUGAAGUUUUCAUCGGAAGACAAGGUGGUUGAGGGUAGUAGUAAGGAUACCAAGGCAUAA